GGGAUUUUAAAGCUAUGCUAUUACAGAAAAAAGGCAUGCGCUCCUCAUCCUUCAGUCUACGCAAUUUGUAUAAUAGUGGCCCGGGAAAACCCCAGCCUUCUGCGUGCCCGUGGCAUGCUGGGAAACGUAGUUCGCAAGAGGUUGCUUCACUAGAAAUUGCCAGUUACAGGCAGGUAGCCGUGUUGGUCUGAGUCGAAACAAAAUUUAAAAAUUCCUUCAGUAGCACCUUAAAGACCAACUAAGUUUUUAUUUUGGUAUGAGCUUUCGUGUGCAUGCACACUUCUUCAGAUACUUCAGAUGGGCCAGUCGCCCAUGCACACACAUCGGAGUGGCGGUAAUUCGCCGCGCCGUUUAAGCCCAACCGUCAGUCGAAUCCCACGGGAGGUAAAAGACAGAUACAGGAACCCCCUAUAAGCGGAAGAAGCGGCCGGCUGAGUGACGCGCGGUUUCGCCACCCGGAAGGGCUGAGCUGCUCUCGCGAGACUUUGAAGGAUGUCAGCCGCCGCGAGAAGGCGGUUUGAAUCCUCCUCCAGUGGCGCCCGCUAAACCGUAGCGGCAGUUGGAUGCCCUUUAUCGGAUCUCGGCGCUCCUACGUGAGCAGAUAUCUGGCUUGCCGGGAGGCCGAUCUUCUGCAAACUUUACUCGGAAAUAUUUUUGAAGCCUAUUGACAAGCCUCUGCAAAUAUCCAAGGUUGAAGACAUCUUGAAAUCAUGGACUGCGGUCCCAAGUUUGUUGAAACUCUAAAGAGGAUUGGCUAUCCAAAGGCAGGUUCUCUUAAUGGAGAAGACUUUGACUGGCUGUUUGAAACGCUGGAAGAUAAGUCAUUUCUGGAAUGGUUUUGUACAACGUUGAAUGAGAGUCAUACCUUAUCUGAAGAAGAGCUGCAGUCAUUUAAUCUGCUCCUUAAAUCAACAAACCCACUAUUAGAAGAGGAUGCUCUAGAUGAAGCUCUGAAGACAUGUAAAUCUCUUGAACUUAAAACCAACAGUUGUGAUGAAGACAAAGAAGAAAACCUUAAAAUAUUAGAGGAUGAGCUUCAGACCCUUCAAAAAAGGAAACACCUAAAAAGCCGUCGUCGGAACAAGCUUCAAACAGUGGCCUCAGCCAAUAACAUUCUGUGCCUGAAGCUGAAAGACACAGGAGAGGAAAAACCUAAAACCCUGAAAGAGGCACAAGGAAUUCUCAAUGCCAUGAAUACAAAGAUAAACAAUGAGCUGCAGUGUCUUACUCAAAAAAUUGGAAAGUUGACCUCUUUCUUUGCUGUUGCAUCCAGACAACAAGAAUUGGACCCUGCUCCUGUCCUUUUAGCCCAACUUGCCUUAGAUAAAUACUUGUGUCAAGAAGAACAAAGCACAGCAGCCCUUACUUUGUAUACAAAGAAACAAUUUUUCCAAGGUAUAUCUGAGUUGGUUGAAAGUUCCAAUGAAGAAAAAUUCCAGCUUGUAGAUAUAAGGAAUUCUUUUACUUCUGAUGAGAGCAAUGAUGUAUGUGAGGACAGGCAAGAGCUAACCAGGUUGCAGGUGGCUUAUGUUUGUGCUCGGCAUCAGCUGAUUCAACAAGAAGCUAAGAAUCUAAGCAUGAAAUCGGGUCUCCAGUGGGCAGAGGAUCAUAUUUGUUCUUUAAAGAAGACUCCUGGAAAGGAAAAUGUUGAAACCAGAAUUUCUAGCCUGAACAGCGACAUUUCAAAACUCAAAAAGCACCUGGCUCAAAUAAACAAUGAAACUCUACCUUUGCUAAUAAAGGAGGAUGCAGAGCUAUUGAAUAUGCCUGUGGUGAGGGGUGACUUUGAUUUACAGAUUGCUCGACAGGACUACUACAUAUCAAGACAAGAUCAAAUUUGUAAUCAGUUGAUCAAACAGAAGGCAUCCUUUGAACUUCUUCAGUUGGCUUAUGAAAUUGAGUUGAGAAAACUUAGGGAUAAUAACAGUCUUCUAGAAAGCAUAGUACAAGAUCUGAAACAGAGCAGUAAUACUUUGGUGCAGGUACUAGAAACAAUGUCAGAGCCAUCAAUAUCCCAUCAUAAAAUACCAAGAAACACUAUUGAUUCAAAAGAUACUACUGCACAGAGGCUGUGUCAACUUCUGGAAGGAAAUAAUUCAAAACAGUUGUUCAGAACAUAUAAAGGCAUUGAGCAGAUGGCUGAAAAAUUACAUCUAGACACAAUGUCAGUGGUUGAUCAAUUAGUAUCUAACCAAGAACAAAUUCUUCUGUCAAAGAUGGAUGUUGAUCUAGGCUCACUUCGCAAUUCUAUGUACUGUGGAGGAGAAAGGGUCUGUCUUAGUAACCUGGAACUGACUGAGCAGUUUCAACAGCAGGAAUUUCUGUUGAAUAAACUGAAUCUGCUUAUUGUGGAUUUUCUUGCUGAUAUAAAGGCUAAGAAGAAGGUUUUGGAGAAUGAUAAAUUACAACAGAUGGAAAGAAAACUGUGGGUGUACUUCUUCAAAGAUGAAGAAUGCUUGAAGAAUGCUGUGGAGAGAAUGGAACAGCAGGCUAAGACUCAAGCGUUGUCUUAAAGAUUAAAUUUUAGAUAUGUGUUUGUUUGAACUGUUUUUUGUGUCUUGUACUGAACUUUGAAAUGCAACAAAUGGAGGAAAACUCAAAAAAAGAGGCUUUUCCUGCAGCAUCAGGAAAGCGCAAAGUGUGUGAGGCACUCAGUUACUGAAUCAGGCAAUUGUGCGUCUUAAACAAUUUGAGUAUGGAGGGCAAAAAUAAUAUGAGAAAUGUCUUCAGAAGGCAAGGCCUAAUUAUUUUAAGUUAACUGAAAACUAACUAUCAAGAAACAACCAAUGUAACAAACGGGGGGAAAUCUUAUGGAUGGUAUCCAACAAAAUAACUCUCAGAGUAGACCUGCCAGAAUAGUUCAUUGAUUUCAGUGGGUCUCCUCUGAGUAUAAUUUAGUUGCAUAUUAACAUACAGUAGAUUGCUACGAGGCUUCCAAUAUUUAGCAUACUGUUUUGGAUGAGAAGGUUUAUCAGAUUUUAUUUUAUGCAGGACAAAAAGCACCAACUCAGAAUUGGAAAAUAGUUCAUUCCUCAGUAAAUUGGUCCAUUGGCCUUUUCUUUCUUUCUCGAAUUAACAAUUCAUCAUUGCACCAUUGCUCUUACUAUGUAGAGCACAUUUUGUAUGUAUAUAAAAGAUUCCUAGUAUGCCUAUUUUUGCCUAAUGCUUGUAUAGCUUACAUUACCUACCAUAGACUUCCCUUCCCUGAUGUUCUGUAGAAUACCUUACACAGAGACUCCAUUGCAGUUCAUAGAAUCGUCCAAUACUUAGCUACAACUCUAAAUGCAGGGGGACUAACUUCUGAGUGGAAAUAUAUAGGAAGCACUGUUAAUAUACUGUACUUAAUGCACAAUUAAAGAUGGUUGCCUUUAAUUACAAUACUUAAUUCCCAUAAAUCCUAUAGAGUUUAAUAUUACUUCGAAGUUAAGUGCUUUUUCAAUUAGACUGUAAAUGUUGAUAUGAUUGAAGUAUGAUUUAGCGUUCUAAGUAAACCACUAAUAUAUUUUUAAAAGUUUCCAGGUGUUUAUUUUUUAGUGGUAGAAAAUCUGUAGAAAAUAUGGUCUAUUGUUCUCCAGUGAUGCACUCCCAAGGAACUCUGGGGCCUCUCCUACUUUGUAUUCAACAUUUUCUAGGACAGGUUUAUGACUUACUGAAGCCCACGUAAUAUUUAUAGCUGAGCUAAGAUUUUAACUUGAAUACUCCUACCCCAAAUCCCAGCAUUCCAUUCACUACUUCAUACUGGCUUUUCAAAUGAACUUGCUUUCUGAGACGGACCAUUCUGCAGAAUUGGUGAGGGGCAUAGUGGAUUCUGAAAUUGUGUCACAUUGUCAGGGUUCUAAAUCACAUCUUAUAAGGCUUUGUGAUUCUAAUAAGUGGCUAGGUCAACCCAGUUGUAUGGGUGAGGUAUAUUCUUAUUUUAUUCUGUUGCUUGUGCUAAGAUUUUAAACACUAAGAUCUGUUCCAUUUUUAUCCCAACCUUAGGAUGGCGGUAUAUUAUUAUUAUUCCCUGCCCCACACUUAUUUUAUCCUGAAAACAACUAUUUAUGAGGUAGGUUAGGCUAAAAAGAAAAUCACUGGCAUAAAGUCUACAGUGAGCUUCAUAGCGAUUUGAACUUUGGUUUUCCUGGUCCUAAUCCAACCCUAACUUCUUCACUUCAGUCUCUGCUGUAACACUAUCAUUCACGUAUCAUUCACUCACAUAGUGGAGUGGCUGUAGGCACAGUUUCACUUGGUAUUUCAGUGCAAUAUGGUCCUCUUCUGAACAGAAGCAAGUUCCCCCAUUUAAAUGCUCUGCAACUGCUAAAACAAAGUUUAGAGAAGUUAAGCUGAAAUACUCCCAUUCUUUUAUUUUUUAUUUUGCUGUUUGGGGAAUGCAAUUAAGGAAAUGAGAUUUUAGUAUCUAUCCAUCCCACCAUAAAUAUUGGGCCAUCAAAAAUCACACAUUUAUGCUGCAGUGAACACAAUACUAUUGCCAAGCAAAAUGUCCAGCCAAAUCCCUCAAGCAUGUUAUUCCUGGAAACAACUGAUUUGUCUACAAAUAAGGAACUUAGUAUUUAAAUGCCACUGCUUUUUUGAAAAAGUCUUAGGCCACCUCAAAUCAUGUUUAUGCUGAUGAACAACUGAAAUCAGUCAUGAUUGGGCAAGAGAUGUGGGGCAUAAUAUUAUGUUGAAUGAUUGGGAGAGAUUGUGGAAAAAAGGUAUGAAAUUUACCGCAUGUAAUGUUUUGAAAGAAAAUAUGAUGAAAAUGAUGUAUGGAUGAUAUUUAACACCUGUAAAAUUAGCAAAAAUGCAUCGUGUAUCUGAUAACAAAUGCUGGAAAUGCAAGAAGGAAGCUAACGUACCUUUUACCACAUGUGGUGGACGUGCCCCAAGAUAAAAGAUUUCUGGGAAAAGAUUUAUAAUGAACUGAAAAGGUGCUUAAGAACACCUUUGUUAAAAAAACCAGAGGCCUUUUUGCUUGGAAUUGUAGAAGAAAUCCCCCCAAAAGACUGUGCAUUCUUUUUGUAUGCCACUACAGCUGCUAGACUGUUAAUAGCCAAGCAUUGGAAGACACAAGAGAUGCCAACAAUAAAUGACUGGCAGAUGAAGAUGUUGGAUUACAUGGAACUCACUGAGAUGACUGGGAGAGUCCAUGACCAGGAGGAGGAGAAGGUUGAUGAAGAUUGGAAGAUGUUUAGAAUUUAUCUGAAAAAAUAUUGUAACAUUAAAAUACCUUAGGGAAGUAUAGAUAGGUUUUCGGUAUGUUUCAAGAUUUUGUAUUAGGAUUGAGGCUAAUUUUUUAAAAGAGAUAUAUAGUUUAAGAUUUUAGAGGAAUAGAGGAUGAACCUGCUAAAGAUGAU